CACUCUCCACUCUCACUCCCCACCAGUAUAUAACCCCCAUUUCCACGAACUAGUUCCUCUGCAUCUUGAAGAACUCCAAUCCAUCCCCGGCGAUAGAGCCACGCUCUCUACCUGCUCGAUAGAAACCCUUGGAUUCUCUCUCUGUCCUGAACAAAAAUGAGGGAAAUCCUUCACGUGCAAGGUGGACAAUGUGGAAACCAGAUUGGAUCAAAGUUUUGGGAGGUUGUGUGUGAUGAGCAUGGCAUUGAUCCAACUGGCCGGUACACUGGAACCUCUGAUCUGCAAUUGGAGCGUGUCAAUGUCUAUUACAAUGAGGCUUCUUGUGGACGGUUUGUUCCUCGUGCUGUGCUCAUGGAUCUUGAGCCAGGUACCAUGGACAGUGUGAGAACCGGUCCUUAUGGCCAGAUAUUCAGGCCUGACAACUUUGUGUUUGGGCAAUCUGGUGCGGGGAACAAUUGGGCUAAGGGCCAUUAUACUGAGGGAGCGGAGCUUAUUGAUGCGGUUCUUGAUGUUGUGCGAAAAGAAGCAGAGAAUUGUGACUGUCUUCAAGGUUUUCAAGUGUGCCACUCACUGGGUGGUGGUACUGGUUCUGGAAUGGGUACUUUGCUGAUCUCAAAGAUCAGGGAAGAAUACCCUGAUAGGAUGAUGCUCACUUUCUCAGUGUUUCCAUCCCCAAAGGUUUCAGAUACAGUGGUUGAACCAUACAAUGCUACACUUUCUGUCCAUCAGCUUGUUGAGAAUGCUGAUGAGUGCAUGGUACUAGACAAUGAGGCAUUGUAUGACAUCUGUUUCAGGACACUCAAGUUAACUACUCCUAGCUUUGGUGAUCUGAACCAUUUAAUCUCGGCAACAAUGAGCGGUGUCACUUGCUGCCUAAGGUUCCCUGGUCAACUUAACUCUGAUCUCCGAAAACUUGCUGUCAACCUCAUCCCUUUUCCUCGUCUACACUUCUUCAUGGUUGGGUUUGCUCCUCUGACCUCACGGGGUUCCCAGCAAUACCGUGCACUUACUGUCCCUGAACUCACCCAACAAAUGUGGGAUGCCAAGAACAUGAUGUGUGCUGCAGACCCACGUCAUGGACGCUAUCUCACUGCCUCUGCCAUGUUUAGGGGCAAGAUGAGCACCAAAGAAGUGGAUGAACAAAUGAUCAAUGUUCAGAAUAAGAACUCUUCAUACUUUGUGGAGUGGAUUCCAAACAAUGUCAAGUCAAGUGUUUGCGACAUUCCUCCUAGGGGGCUUUCCAUGGCAUCAACCUUUAUUGGGAAUUCUACCUCCAUUCAGGAAAUGUUCCGGCGUGUAAGCGAGCAGUUCACAGCCAUGUUCAGGAGGAAGGCUUUCUUGCAUUGGUACACAGGGGAAGGCAUGGAUGAGAUGGAGUUCACCGAGGCUGAGAGCAACAUGAAUGACCUUGUGUCUGAAUAUCAACAGUAUCAAGAUGCAACGGCUGAUGAAGAACUUGAUUAUGAGGAUGAAGAGGAAGGAGUCCAUGAAAUGUAAUGAAGUAUGAGAGAAGAGGAAGGAAUCCAUGAAACGUAAUGAAGUAUGAGAGAGCCAUAAACCUCUGCUACUGCAUUUGGUAAAUAAUGCCUAAGUAUAUUAACUACUUCUGGUUGAGUUUGAAGGUUUUUGGGUCAUUCUAUGGGUGAUGAUUGUGAUUUGUGAGUAGUAGACUGCUAGAGAGUUGGAAAAAUGUCUGUUUGUUCAUUUAGACAAUGGUAGGCUUUUAAUAUGAGCUGUUAUGAGAUGUGGAAAGUUGUUUUGUAAUGCUAUUCUCAAUCGAAUUUUAUCUAUCUUGUUUUUAUUGUGAAA